CCCAGCCAUGCUAACAAGAGAAGCAUUAAUAACCUAGUUUAGUUACCACCCCAUGACAUUAUAUUUUUUCAGCAUCCAUGCACUUCAUUAAUUCCUCAUAUUGCUACCGCAUACUCAUACAUACUGUACUCUAGCCUUCCUCCUAAUAAGUAGCUUCAAGUCGAUCAUCUCCAUCCUCAUCUCAACUGAUCCAUACCAUAUCAAUUAAUGUGUUGAGUUGCUUGUUGUGCUUUAUCUUUUUUGUUCCAUGAACAUGCAUAUUCUCAGUAUUUCGAAUUUCACAAUCAAAGAUUAGUAGUACAUACAAAACAUGAUUUUUAUUGGACAAACAUCACUAUAACAUUGACGGAAAUCAAUCUAGGUCAAUUCCUCAUGUCCCAGGGUAAGUUAUGUAACCAUUGAGUAAAGGGAGUUGGUUAUAUAAAUCUGUGCUGCAUCUAUAUUAUAUAAAAUGAUGAGUAACAGUCGUCAAGUUGGUUUCAUUAAUUAUGGUGGGAAUGUUCCAUUUCCUAUCCACGCAAAGUUGGGAAGAAGUAUUAUCAUCAGCUUGGCAGAUACUCACAAGGAAUCGGCUCUGUCAUACACCAUAAACAUGACUCCGGAUUCGCGGUUUUGGCGCACUUACAAAGCUUGUAAGCUCACAUCAACAAAAUAUGUUGACAAUGACGGCAAACUCUUCAAGUUUCAGGAUAGAAGUAAUAAAGGGAUCCAAUUCUCUUCGGUUGCAUAAGCCCGAGAACUUUCCAUCUAUUAUUCAGGUCUUCACAAACAAGAUCGUUGUUGGACGGAGCGCCACGGUAGACCAAGUAAUUUACUUGUAUGGAAACGAUGAAGAUAACAGAGGGGGUCUUCUUGUUACGGAGUGCAAGGAAAACGAGGUGACUGUGGUGCACUACUUUGUUAUUUGUAGGGAACGAUUUAACUUUAAUUUCAUAAGUGAAACGGAUAUUGGCCUUUCUGUAGUGGCAAAGUUUAAAGCAUCCAAUGGGAGUUUGGAUGUAACGGUGGAGGGUCCUGAUGCACACCCUCCAUCUGCUUUAGUUUACAUGUUUGAUGUAGUCAAAAAAACCAGGACAUGGAACCCUUCCAUGUGCCCUCAUUGUGGAGACAACAAUGGUGACAGCAACAGCCAUGGAAGUCAAAGCAUAGUAGUGAUUAACAAUCACGGAAACUUGGACGGUUAUGGACAUGGUAGUUACAUUGAAAACAUUAGAUUUCAUUGAAAACAUCAUGUUGUGUUUAGGUGCUGUUGGAGGAAGACGAGAUAGAGACAUUAUUUUGGAGGAAGAUUAUAAAUUUAGGAGCUGUUGUGUUGUCUUGUGGUUUGUUUUUUUCAUUUUCUUAGUACACAAUGAGUUAUGCUGGUUGUACUAUGAAGGAUCCAAGCUUUCCAAGUCGUGUAUGCAUCAGUAUAUAUGUAACCUUCUAGUGCUUGCACCUUUUCUUUCUCAAUAAAUAUAGAUUACAAUACA